AUGGACGAACGAACUCGGACUACUAGCUGGGGCGCUCAGUACUAUGCCGAGCAAGAGCGUCAGAAGAGCACUCGCAACUGGAGAUCGACCCUUCAUCCUUCGGUAUUACUAGCCGUGUGUGGAGUCACUGGACGAUGCGUGAUCGCUCCGUUGGUGGUAGCCAUUGUCUGUAUCACUACCGGGUACUUCACCAGCGCCACAUUUUUCAUUGAUGCCAAACACAGUUACUUUGCCUAUAGCCAACUGGACCCAAUCAUGCGUGGAGGCUGCCACACUUGUCUCUCUUCCUGCCGUAAAGUAUUCAUCCAGCUUGGCGCUUUCGGUAGUGACGCAAUUAUCAGUAUGCCGGCUUACGAGAACUCUCAAGUAGUGGCCAACCUUGAUGCGGCAGCAGGAGACUACAGCAAACUAACCUCUGAAGAGAUAACACUCGCAGAUAAACUGGAUCAUGAUGGGGCGGUAUGGAUACUAAGCGUGGUUAACACACUGAAUUUGGCAUUGGCUCCACAGAUGAAGCGUGCGCUAGAAGUGGCUGUGGAGCAAAAAGAAAAGUGUGAAUCGCGUUGGAAUCUCGGUGUUGUUUUGCGUCUUCACAGGUUUCAGACGAGCAAAAACAGUGCAGAUUAUUCAUCUAUCUCUGUUGCUGACUUCAACACGUAUCCGGAUUAUGCAGACUGUCGUCCUGAUAUCCCAAACCAGGGGAUUGUAGGCCUUAAAUUAGCCUAUGCAACUAACGGAGAAGACUUAUUAGCGGUUGUCCCUGAUCGACUUGAUACCAACGAUUCACGGAUUCAGCCUCUACUGCGUUCGUUCUUCUCUGGUUGUCGAGUUCGUGUAGUGAAUACUACUGGGGUCUACGUCGAGGAUGGAUGUACGCUAAUCGAUCACUGGCGUUCGUAUGGACUGACGUUACAAUCUCCCGAUGAUUUGCCAGUGUGUUCAACUGGUGACGUUUGCGUUCACAACAUGUACAACACAGUGUGGGAGUACACAAACUCCCUCGCUGCUGCGGAUCCAACGCGAGUAAUUCAAAUCAUCAGCGUGUUCCGCAGUCGAUAUGCUGACACCGUAGCCUUGAGUAUGUUACCAGGUGCUAUCGUCGCUCAGAUCCUGCUCAUGGGCAUCGUUAGUCUCUACCAGGUAAUGUCCUCCAAGCGCUCUGUGUUGCUAUCUCAGAUUUGGGCGUAUCGCUGCCAGAACGGGCGUAUGCAAGCUGCCUAUCUCGCUCAAGUCAUGUAUCACUUCGCGUUCAACUCGGACAUGUACUACCUCGGACUAUCAACCGGAACGCUGUCUAGUGCCUCCAUUAUGAACCUCGCGCUAAGUUUUUUCGCCUUCUCUUACUCGUUCAUUAAUGUCAUCAAGGCUCGAGCUGGAGAGCAGGCGCUCGACCGAGACUUUCGAUUACUGUGGGAAGUGGUAAUUCUCACGGCAACUGGCUGCGUGGCUGGUGUAUUAUCGUUCUUCAGAUACACCUCGCUAUCAUUUAUUGGCGACCCAAAUGGUGACUUAUUGCGACUAACGUCAGCACGAGGAGCGAAAUAUUGCGGUUUGAAGGAUUCGUGCUACGUCUUUAUCGUGAACUUGGGGUUUGUCAUCACUGCUGCUGCUCUAGCUCUGGGCUUACUGACGAAUUGUAUCACUUUAGUGACUAAGCUGUGCCAAAAGCGUCGAGGAGCAAGUAAAUACCGUGUCAACAGUGCCGUGAGUACACCAGAAGGAAUGAAAAUUCAGAUAAUGACGACGUUUGAGGAGAAUUGUCUCGGUGUACCGUUCACGAGGCUCUUCAAGGACUGCAAUGACUUUGCUUAUGUCACUUACAGGGAUAAACGGUGCUCGACAGUGGAGGCGAUACUACUCACAGGAUAUUUGUUCUACGGCGAGCACGUGUACCAAGCUACCGCCGUUGUAUUACGGUUUGUGGCUCGUUUGGUACCACGUAAAUUCCUCCGAACUUUUAAUCAGCUUCUACUCCGCUGGCAUUACGACCCAGAGCAAGGAACAUUAACUUAUGCGAUGUCGUGUACAUGGUAUUCGGCUAGCGCAGAGAACUACAAACUUUCAGAAGCAAUGCCGCUAGCAUGA